UAACAGGCGUAAUUAUUUUGUCAACGAAAGACCAUUUUCUUAGAAUUUUGAAGGCUACAGAUCACAGAUUCGACCUGAGGUUAUUCUUCAACGAUGAUUAAGUACAUUAAGCACCGAAUUUGGUGGAUUUAUUCCGGGUCAAUUUUUGGCAGAUUCCAAAGGGGUACCAUCACAGAUUUGGGGCGAUUUUACCGAAAUGCCAUUUUCUUUUGAUUCUGGAGGCUACAGAUCACGGAAUCAGGAUGAGGCUAUUCACCAUGGAUGAUAAGUCCAUUGAUCCUAUUCUCCACGGAUGAUAAGUCCAUUAAGCACCGAUUUGGGCCAACUUAUUUUGGGAUUGCAUUUUUGUAAUUUUGUGGGCGUCGAAAGGCCAUUUUCUUUGGAUUUUGAAGGCUACAGAUCACGGAAUUAGGCCGAGGCUAUUCUACACCAAUAAUCAAGUCUAUUGAUCCUAUUCUCUAAUCUCCACGGAUGAUAAGUCCAUUAAGCACUGAUUUGGGCAAAUUUAUUUUCGGAUGGCAUUUUCGUAAUUUUGUGGGCGUCAAAAGACCAUUUUCUUAGGAUUUUGAAGGCUACAGAUCACGGAUUCUGUCUGAGGCUAUUCUUCAACGAAGAUUGAGUCCAUUAAGCACCGAUUUGGGCGGAUUUAUUCUAGGUCAAUUUUUGGCAGAUUCCAAAGGUGUACCAUCACAGAUUUUGGACGAUUUUUCCGAAAUACAACUUUCUUUCGAUUCUGGAGACUACAGAUAACAGAAUCAGGCCGAGGCUAUUCUCCACCGAUAAUUAAGUCAAUUGAUCUUAUUCUUCAUGGAUGAUAAGUCCAUUAAGCACCGAUUUUGGGCAAAUUUAUUUUCAGAUGGCAUUUCCGUAAAUUUUUUUGGCGACGAAAGGCCAUUUUCUUAGGAUUUUGAAGGCUACAUAUCACGGAUUCGACCUGAGGCUAUUCUUCAACGAUGAUUAAGUCCAUUAAGCACCGAUUUGGGCAUAUUUUUUUGGGUAAACUUUUGGCAGAUUCCGAAGGUGUACCAUCACAAAAUUUGGACGAUUUUUCCGAAAUGCCUUUUUCUUUUGAUUCUGGAGGCUACAGAUCCCGGAAUCAGGCCGAUGCUAUUCUCCACCGAUAAUGAAGUCUAUUGAUCCUAUUCUCCACGGAUGAUAAGUCCAUUAAGCACCGAUUUGGGGCAAUUUAUUUUCGGAUGACAUUUUCGUAAUUUUGUGGGCGUCGAAAGACCAUUUUCAUUGGGUUUUGAACGCUACAUAUCACAGAUUCGGCAUGAGGCUAUUCUUCAACGAUGAUUAAGUCCAUUAAGCACCGAUUUGGGCGGAUUGAUUCCGGGUCAAUUUUUGGCAGUUCAAAAGGGGUACCAUCACAGAUUUUGAGCGAUUUUUCCGAAAUGCCAUUGUCUUUCGAUUCUGGAGGCUACAGAUCACGAAAUCAGGCCAAUGCUAUCUCCACCGAUAAUGAAGUCUAUUGAUCCUAUUCCCCGUGGAUGAUAAGUCCAUUAAGCACCGAUUUGGGCCAAUUUAUUUUGGAAUGACAUUUUAGUAAUUUUGUGGGCGUCGAAAGACCUUUUUCUUUGCAUUUUGAAGGUUACAGAUCACAGAUUCGGCCUGAGGCUAUUCUUCAACGAUGAUUAAGUCCUUUAGGCACCGAUUUGGGCGGAUUUAUUCCAGGUACAUUUUUGUAGAUUCCAAAGGGGUACCAUCACAGAUUUUAGGCAAUUUUUCCGAAAUGCCAUUUUCUUUCAAUUCUAGAGGCUACAGAUCACGGAAUCAGGCCGAGGCUAUUCUCCACCGAUAAUGAAGUCUAUUGAUCCUAUUCUCCACGGAUGAUAAAUCCAUUAAGCACCGAUUUGGGCCACUUUAAUUUCGGAUGGCUUUAUCGUAAUUUUGUGGGCGUCGAAAGGCCAUUUUCUUUGGAUUUUGAAGGCUACAGAUCGCGGAUUCGGCCUGAGGCUAUUCUUCAACGAUGAUUAAGUCCAUUAAGCACCGAUUUGGGCGGAUUUAUUCCUGGUCAAAUUUGGCAGAUUACAAAGGGGUACCAUCACAGAUUUUGGGCGAUUUUUUUUAAAUGCCAUUUUCUUUCGAUUCUGGAGGCUACAGAUCACGUAAUCAGGCCGAGGCUAUUCUCCACCAAUAAUGAAGUCUAUUGAUCCUAUUCUCCACAGAUGAUAAGUCCAUAAGCACCGAUUUGGGCCAACUUAUUUUGGGAUUGCAUUUUUGCAUUUUUGUGGGGGUCGAAAGGCCAUUUUCUUUGGAUUUUGAAGGCUACAGGUCACGGAUACGGCCUGAGGCUAUUAUUCAACGAUGAUUAAGUUCAUUAAGCACCGAUUUGGGCGGAAUUAUUCCUGGUCAAUUUUUGGCAGAUUCCAAAGUGGUACCAUCACAGCUUUCGGGCGAUUUUUCCGAAAUGCCAUUUUCUUUCAAUUCUGGAGGCUAUAGAUCACGGAAUUAGGCCGAGGCUACUCUACACCAAUAAUGAAGUCUAUUGAUCCUAUUCUCUAAUCUCCACGGAUGAUAUGUCCAUUAAGCACUGAUUUGGGCAAAUUUAUUUUCGGAUGGCAUUUUUGUAAUUUUGUGGGCGUCAAAAGACCAUUUUCUUAGGAUUUUGAAGGCUACAGGUCACGGAUUCGGCCUGAGGCUAUUAUUCAACGAUGAUUGAGUCCAUUAACCACCGAUUUGGGCGGAUUUAUUCUAGGUCAAUUUUAGGCAGAUUCCAAAGGUGUACCAUCACAGAUUUUGGGAGAUUUUUUCGAAAUGCCAUUUUCUUUCGAUUAUGGAGACUACAGAUAACGGAAGCAGGCCGAGGCUAUUCUCCAACAAUAAUUAAGUCAGCAAACGAACUCGCCUUAGGGGCACAGCUUCAUUAAGUCAAUUGAUCAUAUUCUCCAUGGAUGAUAAGUCCAUUAAGCAUCGAUUCUUGGACCAAUUUAUUCCGGGUCAUUAUUCUCCACCGAUAAUGAAGUCUAUUGAUCAUAUUCUCCACGGAUGAUAAGUCCGUUAAGCAUCGAUUUAAGCCAAUUUAUUUUCGGAUGGCAUUUUCGUAAUUUCUUGGGCGACGAAAGGCCAUUUUCUUUGGAUAUUGAAGGCUACAGAUCACAGAUUCGGCCUGAGGCUAUUCUCUAACAAUGAUUGAGUCCAUUAAGCACCGAUUUGGGCAGAUUUAUUCCGGAUCAAUUUUUGGCAGAUUCCAAAGGGGUACCAUCACAGAUUUCGGGUGAUUUAUCCGAAAUGCCAUUUUCUUUCGAUUCUGGAGGCUACAGAUCACGGAAUCAGGUCGAGGCUAUUCUCCACUAAUAAUGAAAUUUAUUGAUCCUAUUCUAAACGGAUGAUAAGUCCAUUAAGCAUCGAUUUGGGCCAAUUUAUUUUUGGAUGGCAUUUUCAUAAUUUCUUGGGCGACGAAAGGCCAUUUUCUUUGGAUAUUGAAGGCUACAGAUCACGGAUUCGGCCUGAGGCUAUUCUCCAAUGAUGAUUGAGUCUAUUAAGCACCGAUUUGGGCAGAUUUCUUCCGGGUCAAUUUUUGGCAGAUUCCAAAGGGGUACCAUCACAAAUUUCGGGCGAUUUAUCUGAAAUGCCAUUUUCUUUCAAUUCUGGAGGCUACAGAUCACGAAAUCAUGCCGAGGCUAUUCUCCACCGAUAAUGAAGUCUAUUGAUCCUAUUCUCCACGGAUGAUAAGUCCGUUAAGCAUCGAUUUGGGCCAAUUUAUUUUCGGAUGGCAUUUUCGUAAUUUCUUGAGCGACGAAAGGCCAUUUUCUUUGGAUAUUGAAGCCUACAGAUCACGGAUUUGGCUUGAGGCUAUUCUCCAACGAUGAUUGAGUCCAUUAAGCACCGAUUUUGGGCGAUUUUUCUGAAAUGCCAUUUUCUUUCGAUUAUGGAGACUACAGAUAACGGAAGCAGGCCGAGGCUAUUCUCCACCGAUAAUUAAGUCAGCAAACGAACUCGCCUUAGGGGCACAGCUUCAUUAAAUCAAUUGAUCAUAUUCUCCAUGGAUGAUAAGUCCAUUAAGCACCGAUUUUUGGGCCAAUUUAUUCCGGGUCAUUAUUCUCCACCGAUAGUGAAGUCUAUUGAUCAUAUUCUCCACGGAUGAUAAGUCUGUUAAGCAUUGAUUUAAGCCAAUUUAUUUUCGGAUGGCAUUUUCGUAAUUUCUUGUGCGAAGAAAGGCCAUUUUCAUUGAAUAUUGAAGGAUACAGAUCACAGAUUCGGCCUAAGGCUAUUCUCUAACGAUGAUUGAGUCCAAUAAGCAUCGAUUUGGGCAGAUUUAUUCCGGGUCAAUUUUUGGCAGAUUCCAAAGGGGUACCAUCACAGAUUUCGGGUGAUUUAUCCGAAAUGCCAUUUUCUUUCGAUUCUCGAGGCAACAGAUCACAGAAUCAGGUCGAGGCUAUUCUCCACUAAUAAUGAAUUUUAUUGAUCCUAUUCUAAACGGAUGAUAAGUCCGUUAAGCAUCGAUUUGGGCCAAUUUAUUUUCGGAUUGCAUUUUCGUAAUUUCUUGGGCGACGAAAGGCCAUUUUCUUUGGAUAUUGAAGGCUACAGAUCACGGAUUCGGCCUGAGGCUAUUCUCCCAUGAUGAUUGAGUCCAUUAAGCACUGAUUUGGGCGGAUUUCUUCCAGGUCAAUUUUUGGUAGAUUCCAAAGGGGUACCAUCACAAAUUUCUGGCGAUUUAUCUGAAAUGCAAUUUUCUUUAAAUUCUGGAGGCUACAGAUCACGAAAUCAGGCCGAGGCUAUUCUCCACCGAUAAUGAAGUCUAUUGAUCCUAUUCUCCACGGAUGAUAAGUCCGUUAAGCAUCGAUUUGGGCCAAUUUAUUUUCGGAUGGCAUUUUCGUAAUUUAUUGGGCGACGAAAGGUCAUUUUCUUUGGAUAGUGAAGGCUACAGAUCACGGAUUGGGCCUGAGGCUAUUCUCAACCGAUGAUUGAGUCCAUUAAGCACCGAUUUGGACGGAUUUAUUCCGGGUCAAUUUUUGGCAAAUUCCAAAGGGGUACCAUAACAGAUUUCAGGCGAUUUUUCCGAAAUUCCAUUUUUUCCCGAUUCUGGAGGCUACAAGUCACGGAAUCAGGCCGAGGCUAUUCUCCACCGAUAAUGAAGUCUAUUGAUCCUAUUCUCCACGAAUGAUAAGUCCGUUAAGCACCGAUUUGGGCAAAUUUAUUUUCGGAUGGCAUUUUCGUAAUUUCUUGGGGGACGAAAGGCCAUUUUCGUUGGAUAUUGGAGGCUACAGCCUACAGAUCACGGAUUCGACCUAAGGCUAUUCUCUAACGAUGAUUGAGUCCAUUAAACACCGAUUUGGGCGGAUUUCUUCCGGGUCAAUUUUUGGCAGAUUCCAAAGGGGUACCAUCACAGAUUUCGGCCGAUUUAUCCGAAAUGCCAUUUUCUUUCGAUUCUGGAGGCUACAGGUCACGGAAUCAGGCCGAGGCUAUUCUCCACUGAUAAUGAAGUCCAUUGAUCCUAUUCUACACUUAUUAUAAGUCCGUUAAGCAUCGACUGAGGCCAAUUUAUUUUCGGAUGGCAUUUUCGUAAUUUCUUAGGCUACGAAAGGCCAUUUUCUUUGGAUAUUGAAGGCUACAGAUCACGCAUUCGGCAUGAGGCUAUUCCCCAACUAUGAUUGAAUCCAUUAAGCACCGAUUUGGGCGGAUUUAAUCUGAGUCAAUUUUUGGCAGAUUCCAAAGGGGUACCAUCACAGAUUUCGGGCGAUUUAACCGAAAUGCCAUUUUCUUUCGAUUCUAGAGGCUACAGAUCACGGAAUCAGGCCGAGGCUAUUCUCCUCCGAUAAUGAAGUCUAUUGAUCCUAUUCUCCACGGAUGAUAAGUCCGUUAAGCAUCGAUUUGGGCAAAUUUAUUUUCGGAUGACAUUUUCGUAAUUUCUUGGGUGACGAAAGGCCAUUUUCGUUGGAUAUUGGAGGCUACAGAUCACGGAUUCGACCUAAAGCUAUUCUCUAACGAUGAUUGAGUCUAGUAAACACCGAUUUGGGCGGAUUUCUUCUGGGUCAAUUUUUGGCAGAUUCAAAGGGGUACCAUCACAGAUUCGGGCGAUUUAUCCGAAAUGCCAUUUUCUUUCGAUUCGGGAGGCUAUAGAUCACGGAAUUAGGCCGAGGCUAUUCUCCACCGAUAAUGAAGUCUAUUGAUCCCAUUCUCCACGGAUGAUAAGUACGUUAAGCAUCGAUUUGGGCCAAUUUAUUUUCGGAUGUCAUUUUCGUAAUUUCUUGGGGGACGAAAGGCCAUUUUCGUUGGAUAUUGGAGGCUACAGAUCACGGAUUCGACCUAAGGCUAUUCUCUAACGAUGAUUGAGUCCAUUAAACACCGAUUUGGGCGGAUUUCUUCCGGGUCAAUUUUUGGCAGAUUCCAAAGGGGUACCAUCACAGAUUCGGGCGAUUUAUCCGAAAUGCCAUUUUCUUUCGAUUCGGGAGGCUACAGAUCACAGAAUCAGGCCGAUGCUAUUCUCCACUGAUAAUGAAGUCUAUUGAUCCUAUUCUCCACGGAAGAUAAGUCCGUUAAGCAUCGAUUUCGGCCAAUUUAUUUUCGGAUGGCAUUUUCGUAAUUUCUUGGGCGACGAAAGACCAAUUUCUUUGGAUAUUGAAGGCUACAAAUCACGGAUUCGGCCUGAGGCAAUUCUACAACGAAGAUUGAGUCCAUUUUGCACCGAUUUGUGCAGAUUUCUUCCGGUUCAAUUUUUGACAGAUUCCAAAGGGGUACCAUCACUGAUUUUGGGUAAUUUAUCCUAAAUGCCAUUUUCUUUGAAUUCCGCAGGCUAGAGAUCAAGGAAUCAGGCCGAGGCUAUUCUCCACCGAUAAUGAAGUAUAUUGAUCCUAUUCAACACUUAUUAUAAGUCCGUUAAGCAUCGACUUGGGCCAAUUUAUUUCCGGAUGGCAUUUUCGUAAUUUCUUAGGCGACGAAAGGCCAUUUUCUUUGGAUAUUGAAGGCUACAGAUCACGUAUUUGGCAUGAGGCUAUUCCCAAACUAUGAUUGAAUCCAUUAAGCACCGAUUUGGGCGGAUUUAAUCCGGUUCAAUUUUGGGCAGAUUCCAAAGGGGUACCAUCACAGAUUUCGGGCAAUUUAACCGAAAUGCCAUUUUCUUUCGAUUCUGGAUGCUACAGAUCACGGAAUCAGGCUGAGGCUAUUUUCCACCAAUAAUGAAGUCAAUUGAUCCUAUUCUCCACGGAUGAUAAGUCCGUUAAGCAUCGAUUUGGGCAAAUUUAUUUUCGGAUGGCUUUUUCGUAAUUUCUUGGGGGACGAAAGGCCAUUUUCGUUGGAUAUUGGAGGCUACAGAUCACAGAUUCGACCUAAGGCUAUGCUCUAACGAUGAUUGAGUCCAUUAAACACCGAUUUGGGCGGAUUUCUUCCGGGUCAAUUUUUGGCAGAUUCCAAAGGGGUACCAUCACAGAUUUCGGGCGAUUUAACCCAAAUGCCAUUUUCUUUCGAUUCUGGAUGCUACAGAUCACGGAAUCAGGCCGAGGCUAUUCUCCACCAAUAAUGAAGUCUAUUGAUCCUAUUCUCCACGGAUGAUAAGUCCGUUAAGCAUCGAUUUGGGCAAAUUAAUUUUUGGAUGGCAUUUUCGUAAUUUCUUGGGGGACGAAAGGCCAUUUUCGUUGGAUAUUGGAGGCUACAGAUCACGGAUUCGACCUAAGGCUAUGGUCUAACGAUGAUUGAGUCCAUUAAACACCGAUUUGGGCGGAUUUCUUCCGGGUCAAUUUUUGGCAGGUUCCAAAGGGGUACAAUCACAGAUUCGGGCGAUUUAUCCGAAAUGCCAUUUUCUUUCGAUUCGGGAGGCUACAGAUCACGGAAUAAGGCCGAGGCUAUUCUCCACCGAUAAUGAAGUCUAUUGAUCAUAUUCUCCACGGAUGAUAAGUAAGUUAAGCAUCGAUUUGGGCCAAUUUAUUUUCGGAUGGCAUUUUCGUAAUUUCUUGGGCGAUGAAAGGCCAUUUUCUUUGGAUAUUGAAGGCUACAGAUCACGGAUUCGGCCUGAGGCUAUUCUCCAACGAUGAUUGAGUCCAUUAAGCACCGAUUUGGGCGGAUUUUUUCCAGGUUAAUCUUUGGCAGAUUCGAAAGGGGUACCAUCACAGAUUUCGGGCGAUUUGUCUGAAAUGGCAUUUUCUUUCGAUUCUGGAGGCUACAGAUCACGAAAUCAGUUUGAGGCUAUUCUCCACUGAUAAUGAAGUCUAUUGAUCCUA